AUGCUGCUCAAGAUCACGCAUCAUCUUAAACACGGAGACGAAUUCAACGUUUUCCUCCAUAAGGAAUGCGGUGCGGAUGCGAAUUUUGUCUCCCAAGGCUUUAUGGGCAAUGCUUUGCAGGCCGCGUGCUUUGGCAAGGAGCGGGUGCUUCAAUCUGAAACCGAUAAGAUUCUCGAGUAUCUCGUAUUGAAGGCCGGGGCAAAGGUCGAUCAAAAUUGCGGAUUCUUCGGCACUGCGCUCAACCUGGCUUGUCUGUUACCAUUAAAUAGCACCUGGACGGUUCUCUCAAAGAAACUGAAAGCGAACCUAACUAUUGCCGAUCAGAUGGGUCGUUUACCGAUUCACUUCGCAGCCGUUCACUCCUAUGACAGGUACUUGGGCCUUUCACAGCUCCUUUCCAAAAAGGGAGAUGGCUAUCUCAAUUUGGCGGACAAGACCGGUCGCACUGCUUUACACUGGGCAGCUCAAAGCGGAGAAGUUCAAACUGUCAAAACCAUUCUCUCAUCUGGCAGAGUCGAUGUCAAUCAAGCUGACAAGGAUGGCUGGACGGCACUCUGCUGGGCCGCUAGAGGUCUAACCUCGAAAGCAAAGUUUGCUCAGAAGGAUUCUCAACACCAAGUAGAGGUGAUCGAGCACCUCCUCAACAGCGGUGCUAAUGGCCGAGUGAACCUUGUCGAAGGCGAGUGA